CGGAAUGGCGGGCGCCGCGGAGCUGGCGUGGCGCCGCGGGCGGCGGUGCCUGUCCCCGGCCCGCAAGCGGCUCAGGCCGCUGCGGACUGUGGUGGCGUGGAGGGGCAGGGCGGAGUGGGACCAGGUGAUGGUGGGGCUGUACUGCGGGGACAGCCGGCUGCAGCAGGAAGCGCUGGACCGGGUCUCGGCCUGGAAGAGUCGGUAUGGUCCAAAAAUGCCGCUUGCAGUGGAUUGCACUGCUGAACUGAUUCGUUGCAAGGUCCUGGAUUCAUCUGGCAGAUUGAAGUCGCAUGAGCUCAUCCUCUCUUAUGGGCUGGCUCUGGUAAGGUUUGUCAACUUGAUCACAGAAAGGAAGCAGAAAAUGGUCAGCAUUCCUCUGAGACAACUAGCCAGAGAGGUGGAUAUCCCCAUCUGGGUUGUGGAUCUCCGUCAUGAGCUGACCCAUGGGAAGCUGCCACGGCUGGCUCUGUGCCGCAAGGGUUGUGAUGUCGUGCUGGAGUGGCUACGCAAGACGUAUUGGAGCCGUCAGCUGGGCAAUAACUUGUGUGAAGAAAGUGAGGACGAGGAAGAGGAAGAGGAGCAGGAAGGGGUGGAAGCAAAUGCAGAGCUGGACAAUGAUGCGUGGGAGAUUCAAACUCCACAGCACGAGGCCUGUCAGAAACACAAGGAAUUUCAUGAGAAAGUCAGAGAUGUGCUGAUAUCCUACAAGAAUGAGCAGUUUCGGGUUAUGCAGACUGUGCAGUCUGUUUCAAAAUCUCGAGAACUGUGGUCCGACUCCUCUUCAGAAGUGGACUGGAUUUUGGCUCAGAUCAAAGACCUGAUGCAAGAGAACAGGGAGACAGUGGCUGAAGCUCUUCUCAGUGAUGGUUUUCUCAUCCCAAAGAUGGAUUGUCUGAAGAUGCUAAAUAUCAAGUAUGAAGCAAAUAAAGAGGUAUGGCAGUUCAAAAUUCCUCAGACCUUUUACUGCUUUUGGCAGCCUUUGCUGACAGGCCUCCUCUCCCGAAGUUUUACACAGAUCCUAAUAGAGAAAAUGUUUAUGGAGUUGAAGGAAUGUUCUGAUUCUUCAGAACUGCGGCCUCAGUUCUUGAUCAACUGGAUUUCUGAGAUGCUGACUGGCAUUGCCAAAGUAAAUGCUGAUGAAGUACGAUGGAAAGACUUUCCUCUUGGGAAACUCCCAGGUCAGACAGAUGACCCUGAUGGUCUCAUGCUGGAUAAUUACUCCAUGAUGUCCCUGCUUGAUCAGCCAGUGAGAGAUGAGUGGAAGUCUCCCAAUACAAACUCUGCAGAAUUGAAUGUUCCUGUGACAGGAGGAUUGUUAUGGACCCAGAAUGACUUCCAUAAAAUAAAAAGUGGCCUUCAACUUUUCUAAGACAGCAGAGUGCUCUGCGGCUUUCAAUAUUGCACAAGAUAAGUGGCAUGGAACAACUAGUAAUGGUGAUGGGGAAACAGCCACUCCAGGAUGUAUUUUUUUUCAUGAAGAUUUACUGAUUUUUACCAUGUAAAAUCAAUAUUUUAUAAAGGUGGUGUGUUUUAAGUUCCAUGUGUGGUAACCAUUGUCUUGCUUAACCACUAACAUUAACUUUUAGCUCUAGUUGAUGUUUGCCAAAUACAGUUAGAAUAUUUGGGAAUCCCUCAGUGUUCCUUAAUUUUUUUCAUAGUUAAUAAAUAGAAAUGACUGAAGGCAAACCUUUUUUCUGGACCCUGUUUUUCCUUUUUCAGUCAGGUAUUCUGCAGUGUCCUCUGGUCCUCCCCUUGUUAGCCAGGCUAUUGAGCCCUGCCUAUUUCAGUGACGCUAAUAUUGUCCUAUGUGAGUUUGCGUGAUUUUGCCAGGAUAAGGUUGUGCUACAGUUUUCAUCUAGCUAGGAUUUCACAUGAAGUGUCAGGGAUCCAGCCUAGUUACAGCAUGGCUGAAUGCACCAUAGCGCAUGAGUAUCUUUUAAAUUUUUUUUUCUCAGCAUUUUUUUCAAGUGAUAGUUUUGAGGCCUCUACUAUCUCUUUUUAAUUAGUUUUCUUCUUGAUGUUAUUUCUAUUUGUUAUUUUGCUGAGGUUGAUAACUAAUGCUGUGGUCUUUGCUGAGACCUAGUGUGAUUACUGCAGUAAUGGACUUGAGUACCUUGUUGGAAAGUUGUUGAGAAAAAGGACCUCCACUUAUUUUUUUGUAAAUUCAGUUUUCUUUACCUGUAUUAAAGGUUCUUGGAACUUAGAGGCUUCUGCAGUUACCUGUCAGGAGUUCAAGCAUAUAUUCGUUGUGGGACUCCUCAGUAAGAAUUUGUUGGAGUGUAUCUGCUAGUGGGUAAGACAGAGCUUUCCUCUGAGUCAGUCUGGUAAUUUGCAGUAUUUACAAACCAAACAGAAACAGGAACGAGUCAGUGCAGCAUUGUGAUGGAAUCUUUUUAGUUCUUUAGAGCUACUGCUGACAUUAUGUGCUAAUGUUCUGUAGAAAGAGAUACAAAAAGGGACAUACAACUUUAGCAGUACAGUGGAUAGGAUUGAAUUGCAAGUUUAGAACAGCAACUUCAUGGAUGCUUUGGGCUGGCUCUCAAGUAAAGGCUUAGCUAAAGGUCCAUAAUGUAAGUAAUAUUUCUUUGUUCUAAUUUUUUGUCAUCCUGUUCUACUGCAGUUGCUCUUUACCAGACAGGCAAAAGUUAUUUAAAACAUGUUGUACAUUUCCUUCUCUAAAAACAAGUAGUGCUAGUGCAAAAGAAAACAAACUUCUCUUUUAGGAGAGAUUUUUCCAUGUAAGUCCUUCCCCUUUCUAGUAUUUUGAGAAAUAUCUCCUUUUACCCAGCAGUUCCUCAAGCUUAUUUAGGCAAUUUUUAGUGAAGAGGAUUUAUUCUUUUAUUACUGUAUUUGGUAGAAUAUGAAAUUAAAUUAAGUAUUGUAUUUGGUACUUCAGAGGUCUGUCAGUGCAACCAAGCACAACAGUUCAAAAAGGAAGGUGUGAUGCUGGUAAAUACUGUGCUGCAUGUAACCUUUUUCUGCUUUGGUGAAGAUUUACUUGGUAAAAUCAUGUGCUACUGUAGUUUCUUCAUCAGCUGUAGUAGUUACUGCCCUGUGCAUCCGCCAUUACCCCACCUAGUGAAUUAUGGAAUAAAAACCUGGUCCUUGAUCUAAUUGCAGAGUCAAAUAAAUAGUUAAAUCCAGCGCUGUGGCUGACUCGUAGAAAAGCACAAAACUGCCAGAUGCUUUAAAAAAAAGAAUACCAAGAUUUGAGGAGAAGCCAUACUAAUGGCAUGAAAUUUAAACUAAGUGUUA